UCGGGCAACAUGUGGUUGUGUGGGGUAGUGGUCAUCCCUUCGGAUUUUGAAGACUUUGUUGUUUCCAAAAGUUCCGACAACCCCGGUUCGAACCCGGGCACGACCUAUCUUAUAUGAUUUUCUUUUUCUUUUUCUCGGGCAUCUCCCUGAUAUCAAUUUGAUGUUCUUAACAAUCCCUGCCAUGUGUCACAAUAAGCUUCUCUCACUCUAAGAUUAGUUUUCAGCGCUGACAGUAGGAGGUAACUUCCCGCGAGGCUACAGGAACCACCAAGUUAACCCCCGUCUCACCUUCUCUCCCGUCGAUAGGCAGAAACGUCUGGCCUCCCAUCUCUGUGCAACAUAAAUAUCCUGUAUCUGCCCCCUCUUUCGCCAGUCAUACAUCUCUGUUACAUAUCGCCUUCUUCACCACCACUGCCAUCACCACCAUCAGCAACCAUGGAUGAAUCCAGGCCAGAACAAGAUAACUCCGCCACUUCGGAUCAGAGUACCGUGGCUGCCAUGCAGAACUUGACAGCAUCGAUUCAGAGCCUAGUGAGGUUGCUUCACGAGGAAAGUGAGCGACGAGAAUGUCAAGUGAAACCAAAGAGCGCUAAGGACAGCGAUCCUGUCCUAAAGGCGCUGAGCGAGGAGAUUGCAGCCGGGCGGCCAACGCACAUCCCAGAGGAGAAUCCUGUGGAGCUCAUGUCACAAGAGGAGAUCGAUGAAAAGAAUGAAUCUUAUAGGGAGAAGUACACAGCCUUCUGGAAGGAUUUGCCUUCCCCCCCAGUUGACAUAAAAACCACUGACGAUGCUUACCAAUGGGCCUUCGACCUAUAUCCUCAGAUUUAUCACUCUCUGGGAUGGCAUAAAAAUGACGAUCUCCUUUUUAAUGCAGACAGUCUAACCAAACACCGUGACGACCUUCUAGAGGCACUUCUCGCCGUUGAAGCAUAUCGGCGUAAGCAAUUUGAUUGUCCUCUGGAGCCAUCACGUGCGGCGUUCGAAUAUUCACGACUCCCUCGCCUACUGUUGAUUCUCGCUCGUUUGGAAGCCCGGCGCAAUGACGGUUUGGAAUGUCGCGACGGAGGCUGUGUGGAUUGUCGCUACUUCGGCGCCGACCAAACCCUCCAGGUUCUGAUUGAAGUGGGUCGAACACUACACCACGACAAAUACUGGAGUGCGAAUGACACAACUUUGCAGGAACUGCUGCAUCGCUGUUAUGCCCGGCGUAUUCUAUCUCAGCCUAAUGCUGAUAAUCCUGAUGUUUUGCGAUACCAGUUCCAUCUCAUUUACGACUGCCUGGGCGCGUUGAACUUUACGUCGCGGUUCCUUGAACUUCGAGAUGCGCUUUGUCUUACCUUCUAUACCAAAUAUCAAACGGAGCCAAUCCAUAAGGUAUUUGACAUGGUCAAGUGUCAUAGAAGCUCUAUGAAGGGCAUUGAGGAAUUCAAGGAGCUUCCACUUGAAGAGUUCCCUGGUCCGACUUUCUCCCCUGACAUACUCACGGUUCAGUACCUGCAGGACUUUGGCGGCUUGAGAAUUGAAUGGACAGAUAAUCUGGAUGAUCAUCUCAAGAUAUUCACGGGCCGCAAUGCGCUCAGGAUCUUUGCUCAUCCCACAUUCUUCUACAAUUGCCGAGAUCUCGUGGAAAGAGAUUAUAUUGAGCCCUUGCACCUUGAGUUAUCUCGGACGUACGCCCUUCUUUUUAGACCAUCAUCCCGACUGGCACUGCGACUGCUAAAAGAAGCGACCAGGUCAAAUGAGAUCACUUGGCUGGGAAGGAAGAUCGAUCCGAGUUCCCAUCGGCCAGGUAUGGAACAGGGCACUAGCAAGUCGUUUGAUGUCGAUCUGGCCAAGCCAUCAACAACCCGUAUCCUGGAGAACUUCCAUCGCUGCUCGCUUCCCCCCAGCAUUCAAGCCGCUUAUAACGUCGCCAACCCUUUUGACAAUAUCAAGGAUACUAGCUUCUUCAAUCAACACAAGUUCACAACCAGCUCCAUGCGGCAGAUUCAUGCCCUCGCUCCGUACUAUCCAGAGGACAUUACGUUUAUGAUAAUGUCUAUCUUUCAAAACGGUUUCCAUUCAAACGAGGCUUUCAUAGACUAUGAGUACUUUGGUCCUCGAUUGCGUCGCCUCAAAACAUAUCUGGACAACCACCAGCCCACCACACUGAAGCAGCUGUGGUUUGACAGGAGGGACGCUCGAGCGUGGUGGACUUUUUGGGGUGGCGCUUUCUUCCUCUUCGUGUUUGCGGUGCUGGCUGCUGUCAAUGUGAGAUUCCUGGCUGUACAUUGAGUUAUUCCCACUUCCAAGGCCAGAGUCACCCAACUAGCAGAUGGAAUCCUAAAGCAUCUAAUAUCUGCUGUAGCUGGAUCCCGUACCUCUGAGGCAUGUCAGGAACACCAAGCUGCUAAUCCAACUUACAAGGGCGGUUCGGUCCCUUGAUUUUCACGUCUGUUUCUCAUAAUUGUUUGAAUACACCCACAUGAUGCCGUAGGAAGGAUUGAUGUUAGUCC